GCCGGGCCGGGGGUGCCAGGAGCCCUGCGGGGGGCCGCGCGGCCCGGCUCCCAGCGCAGAGCAGUUUUCUCCAACUCUCCGCUUCCGUCUCCUCCGGGCCCACCGCUGCCGGGAGACCCCGUCCGGACCUGCCAAGAAAGGAGUAUGUCAUGAAAAAGGAACAGAAAAGACACGUCACUGUUGGUGAAAGGGGAGUUUUCUUUCCCAGUUGGUGGUUACUUCAUGAUUGGAAGAGAAGUACCUAGGUGGCUGAAGAGAUUAGAUUUUCAUAGCUGUACCGAUGAAGCUGAUAAAAGAAGAUGGGAAAAUGCUUUCUCUGGGUCGUAAUAGGCUGAUGAGUAAGUAAGCCUGAAAAAAGACAGAUCUGAAAUGAGGACAGGAAUCUUGAGUGUUUUAAAACCAAGUAGGACUUUGAAUACUUGUUGAGGAUGUUUUUGCCCCAAAAAUGGAGGAAGAAAAAAUUCUCAAAGCAAAAAGUGUAAAAAGCUGAGAGGAGUAACAACCCAGUCAGCUCCAAGAAUUGCAGUACUUUGUCAGCUUCUCUGAGCACACACAGGCAAAGGCAUCAGACACGUAUGAUGAUGGUUUCCUGCUCCAGGAAUGACUUCUUAACGUGGAUUUUGGAGUGCUUUUUCUUUUUUUUACAAUGUGUGUUUUUUGACUCUUUGUGUUAUGUAGAUUUAUGUCAAGGAAGUAAAUUGUGAAUUCAUGGUAUUUUUGACUAUCUCCACCCCUGUUCACUGUGUGAUAUUGGAAAAUUAGAGGUUUUAACAUUCCUUGAAGUUUUAUUGGAAGCAACACUGCAUCAGGCAAACAGAUCCACAGUGUAAGUUUUCUCUUUUUGGCAACUGUACUUGCUUUGAAUGAGCCGAAUGUCAGCUGGAUUUCACAGCAUAUCCGAUUUACAGUCUGUGUUUUAUCAAGGCCUUAAAUGUAUGUUUUAUACUCAGCAGAUGGGAAACACAUUGAGCACUGUGUUUGACAUGUAUGCCUAAGGAAAGGAGCUCCCCGAUGGAUCAUGGCGUUAAUGUUUACAGGACAUUUCUUAUUUUUACUGUUAGUGAUGUUUGCUUUCUCUACUUUUGAAGAAUCUGUGAGCAAUUACUCUGACUGGGCAGUUUUCCCAGAUGACAUAGAUCAGCUUAAGACACAGAAAGUGCAAGAUUUCAGACCCAACCAAAAGCUGAAGAAAACUAUGCUUCAUCCACAUUUAUAUUUUGAUGCUGGAGAGAUCCAAGCAAUGAGGCAAAAGUCUCGCACAAGCCAUUUGCAUCUUUUUAGAGCUAUCAGAAGUGCAGUGAUGGUUAUGCUGUCCAACCCAACAUACUACCUACCUCCACCCAAGCAUGCUGAUUUUGCUGCCAAGUGGAAUGAAAUUUAUGGUAACAAUCUGCCCCCUUUAGCACUGUACUGUUUGUUAUGCCCAGAAGACAAAGUUGCCUUUGAAUUUGUUUUGGAAUAUAUGGACAGGAUGGUGGGCUACAAAGACUGGCUGGUGGAGAAUGCACCAGGGGAUGAGGUUCCAGUUGGCCAUUCCUUAACAGGUUUUGCCACUGCCUUUGACUUUUUAUAUAACUUAUUAGAUGAUCAUCGAAGGCAAAAAUACCUAGAAAAAAUAUGGGUUAUUACUGAGGAAAUGUAUGAGUAUUCCAAGGUCCGCUCAUGGGGCAAACAACUUCUUCAUAACCACCAAGCUACUAAUAUGAUAGCGUUACUCACUGGGGCCUUGGUAACUGGGGUGGAUAAAGGAUCUAAAGUAAAUCUAUGGAAACAGGUUGUAGUAGAUGUGAUGGAAAAGAUGAUGUUUCUGUUGAAUCAUAUUGUCGAUGGUACUUUGGAUGAAGGUGUUGCCUAUGGAAGCUACACGGCUAAGUCAGUCACACAGUACGUUUUUCUGGCCCAGCGCCAUUUUAAUAUCAACAACUUGGAUAAUAACUGGUUAAAAAUGCACUUUUGGUUCUAUUACGCCACCCUCUUGCCAGGCUUCCAAAGAACUGUGGGUAUAGCAGAUUCCAAUUAUAAUUGGUUUUAUGGUCCCGAGAGCCAGUUAGUUUUUUUGGAUAAGUUCGUCUUAAAGAACGGAGCUGGCAAUUGGUUAGCUCAGCAAAUCAGAAGGCACCGGCCUAAAGAUGGACCGAUGGUCCCCUCCACUGCCCAGAGAUGGAGUACUCUUCACACUGAAUACAUCUGGUAUGAUCCCCAGCUCACCCCACGGCCUCCUGCGGAAUAUGGUACUGCAAAAAUGCACACGUUCCCUAACUGGGGUGUUGUCACUUAUGGGGCUGGGUUGCCAAACACACAGACCAAUACCUUUGUGUCUUUUAAAUCUGGGAAGCUAGGAGGGCGAGCUGUCUAUGACAUAGUUCACUUCCAGCCAUACUCCUGGAUUGAUGGGUGGAGAAGCUUUAACCCAGGACAUGAACAUCCAGAUCAGAACUCAUUCACUUUUGCCCCCAAUGGGCAGGUAUUUGUUUCUGAAGCUCUCUAUGGACCCAAGUUGAGCCACCUUAACAACGUACUGGUGUUUGCGCCAUCACCCACAAGCCAAUGUAAUAAGCCCUGGGAAGGUCAGCUGGGAGAAUGUGCACAGUGGCUUAAGUGGACCGGCGAGGAGGUUGGUGAUGCAGCGGGGGAAAUCAUUACCGCCUCUCAACAUGGGGACAUGGUAUUUGUGAGUGGGGAAGCAGUGUCAGCUUAUUCCUCAGCAAUGAAGCUGAAGAGUGUGUAUCGGGCUUUGCUUCUCUUAAACUCUCAGACUCUGCUAGUUGUUGAUCAUGUCGAGAGGCAAGAAGAUUCCCCAAUAAAAUCUGUCAGUGCCUUCUUCCAUAAUCUGGAUAUUGAUUUUAAGUACAUCCCGUAUAGGUUCAUGAACAGGUAUAACGGCGCCAUGAUGGAUGUGUGGGAUGCACAUUACAAAAUGUUUUGGUUUGAUCAUCGCGGCAGUAGCCCCAUUGCUAGUAUACAGGAAGCAGAGCAAGCCGCUGAAUUUAAGAAACGGUGGACUCAAUUUGUUAAUGUUACAUUUCAGAUGGAAUCCACAAUCACAAGAAUCGUAUAUGUCUUUUAUGGGCCAUAUGUCAAUGUUUCCAGCUGCAGAUUUAUUGAUAAUUCCAAUUCUGGACUUCAGAUUUCUCUCAAUGUCAAUAAUACUGAACAUGUUGUUUCCAUUGUAACUGACUACCACAACUUGAAAACAAGGUUCGAUUACCUGGGAUUUGGCGGCUUUGCCAGUGUGGCUGAUCAGGUCCAAAUAACCCGAUUUGGUUUGGGCACUCAAGCCAUAGUGAAGCCCGUAAGACGUGACAGAGUGAUUUUUCCCUUUGGAUUUAAAUUUAAUGUAGCAGUUGGGUUGAUUCUGUGCGUCAGCUUGGUGAUCUUAACUUUUCAGUGGCGGUUUUACCUUUCUUUUAGAAAGCUAAUGCGGUGGAUCCUCACCCUUGUUAUUGCCUUGUGGUUCGUUGAGCUGGUGGAUGUGUGGAGCACUUGCACUCAGCCCAUCUGUGCAAAGUGGGCGAGGCCAGAGGCCGAAGCGAGCCCAAAGCCUGUGUCUCCCCAAGGGCACCGCAUCGAUCUUCCUGACAUCGUCAUUACCUCACUUCCUGGCUCAGGAGCUGAAAUUCUCAAACAACUCUUCUUCAACAGCAGUGACUUUCUCUACAUCAGGGUUCCCACAGCCUACAUUGACAUCCCUGAAACUGACUUUGAGAUCGACUCCUUUGUGGAUGCCUGUGAAUGGAAGGCGUCGGAUGUCCAUGGUGUGCAUUUCCGUUUACUCCGAGGCUGGUUGCAGUCCUUGGUCCAAGACACAAAACUCCAUUUGCAAAACAUCCAUCUGCACGAACCCGGCAGGGGUAAACUGGCCCAAUAUUUUACCACGAAUAAGGACAAAAAAAGGAAGUUGAAAAGGAGAGAGUCUUUGCCAGAACAAAGAAGCAGAAUGAAAGGCGCCUUUGAUAGAGACGCUGAAUACAUUCGGGCUCUGAGAAGACACCUGGUCCAUUACCCCAGCGCGCGGCCCGUGCUCAGCCUGAACAGUGGGAGCUGGACCUUAAAGCUGCAUUUCUUCCACGAAGUUUUAGGAGCUUCGAUGAGGGCCUUGUACGUGGUGAGGGACCCUCGGGCGUGGAUUUAUUCGAUGCUGUACAGUAGUAAACCAAGUCUUUACUCUUUGAAGAAUGUACCAGAGCACUUAGCUAAAUUGUUUAAAAUAGAGGGAGGUAAAGGCAAAUGUAACUUAAAUUCGGGCUAUGCUUCCGAGUAUGAAUCAUUGAGGAAAGAAUUAUCAAAAUCCAAGCCACACGCAGUGUCUCUGCUGGCUCACGUGUGGCUAGCAAACACUGCAGCAGCCUUGAGGAUAAACACAGACCUGCUGCCUACCAGCUACCAGAUGAUCAAGUUUGAAGAUAUUGUGCAUUUUCCUCAGAAAACCACUGAGAGGAUUUUUGCCUUUCUUGGAAUUCCUUUGUCUCCUGCUAGUUUAAACCAAAUAUUGUUUGCCACCUCCACGAACCUUUUCUAUCUUCCCUAUGAAGGGGAAAUAUCACCAACUAAUACGAAUGUUUGGAAACAGAACUUGCCUAGAGAUGAAAUUAAACUGAUUGAAAACAUCUGCUGGACACUGAUGGAUCGUCUAGGAUAUCCAAAGUUUAUGGACUAAAUGCUGCAGAUAACAACUGAGCAGCAAACUCCAGAGCCUCCAGCCAGAAACUCAGCCUUCCAGCAAGGAGUGCAAGAGAGCAUGCACCUCUGCAUUGGGACCAGGUGCCACAGAUCUAUGAUAGUAGGGUUCAUACCACUGAAGAGAGAAAUUCCUUUUCUUUCUUUCAUUGGUUUUCCUUGGAUAUUGCUGUCCACAUCCCUGCUGAGGUUCACUGUAUGCAAAUUAGAAGACACUAUUUUGCUGAUUCUUGCAUAUGCCAGCUCUACUGCCCCCUACUUAUCAAACUGUAGGUAUUAUGGAUAAGCAAGAUAGGUUAUGCCAAUAUGUUGACACUGAAAAGAUGUGCUGACCCUAUCAGAAGCCCUCUUCUAUGAUAUUGAUAAGUAACUGUGGCCAGAGCUGGGGCUUAGAGUCAGAAUUCCUAUACUCACACACUCUAUAAUAUGGUACAAAGCAUAUAUAUCUGACCUUCCAUUACCGUACUCUCCUGCUCUCACCAGCGAUCCCAGAGGAAACGUCUAUCCUGGAUUUUGUGUUUACCAUCCCCUUGCUCUUCUUUAUAGCUCCACCACAUAUGUCUCUAUCCUUAUCAACAUAUUGUAUAUUUUUGCAUGUUUGUCUACUUUACGUAAACAGUAACAUAUUGCAUAUAUUCUUGUGCAAACUUGCUUUUCUUUGCUCAAAAUUUUAUCUAAUGCAUGUUGAUGUUUGUAGGUGGAGAUCACUUAUUUUCAUCGUGGUAGGUUCCAAUAUAUGCUAUUAUCUGAAAUACCAUACUUUAUGUAUCUUUCAUCUUGUUGGAUUUUGGGAAUAUUUUUAAUUUUUGCAAUUUCAAACAUUAUAUAUAAAACUGUUUAUAGAUGCUGUAUAAUGCACACAUACAAGAAUUUUGUCAUUGUGUUUUGUUUGUACCCAGAACCUUCCCACCCAGCCGCACUACAGCCUAGUAUAUAUAUUGAGGGCUCAAAGCACAUCCUCGACUAUUCUUGGUACCAAAUUAUUAUUUUUACAGAUUGUUUGUACAAAUCGACACUCUAGCCAUUGUAGAAAUGUUUGUGUUGCUCCAAAACUUCUCCUGUACUUGGCGUUUUCAAACUUUUAGAUGUUUUUCUGUCUAGUGGGGUAAAAGAAUGUUGCAUUUCUUUUUUUUUUUGAAGUUCUGUUAAUAACAUGGCACACGCAUGCAGCAUGUGCACUCAUGCGCACACGUGCACACACACACAGUAGUCCUUACUUUUUCCAUUUGUGUUUCUUCUUUUGUGAAAUGGAAUCCAUGUUCAUGUCUUUUAUACAUUUUUCCAUUGCAUUCUUUUUUUCUCAUUGAUUCAUUGACAUUUAUAGUAUAUUAAUAAUACUAAUCCUUUUUUGGUUAUACUCGUGAAUAACUUCUUGGUUUAUAUUUUCAUGAUCUUUCUACUAGGACUUUUGUGAUAUAUUUUGACACGCAGGUGUUCUUAAUUUGAAUGUAAACAAAUAUGUGUUCUUCUUUAUUACUUGUACUUUUUUGCAUCUUAUUAAAUAAUCUUUCUUAAGGUCUUGGCACUGAAGAUGUUCUCCUCUAUCUUCUUCCAAGCAUUUUAAUAUUCUCAUCAUCAUCUAUUGCCGCAAAACAAUAUUACCACAAAUGUAAUGGCUUAGAACAGCACAUGUUCAUCAUCUCACAAUUUCUGUGGGUCAGGAAUCCAGGCGUGGCUGAACUGCGUCCUCUGCUCUUAUAUGUGGCUGCAAUGAAGUAGCUGGGCCUGGGAUCUCCUCUGAGAAGCAUCCACUUCCAAGCUCACGUGGUUGUUGGCAAGAUGUAGUUCUUUGUGGGUUGCUGGACUAAAAGCCUCAGUUCUUUUCUGGCUGUUGACUGGAGACCCUGAGUCACUUGCCAUGUGAGCUUCUCCAUUGGCAGGUAACUUCAUAAAAGCCAGGAUGAGAGAAUCAAUAGAGAAACUGCUAACACAUUACCAUAAUCAUGGAAGUGACACCCAGUCAACUUUGGUGAGAAGCAAGUCAGAGGUCCCCCUACGCCCACACCCAAAGGAAAGGGACUUCACGAGGGCAUGAAUCCCAGGAGAUGGAAGAACGGGCUUAUUUUAGAGUGUCCCUGCCACAGAUUUUGUCUUUUAUAUUUAAAUAUUUAAUCUGCUUUAUAUUAAUUGUUAUGUCUAUUCUGAGAUUUUUUUUUCUGUAUAAAUAACCUGCUGUCCUAGACUGAAGAGAUCCAGUACCUUUUCUUUUCCACUAAUCUUCAAUGCCGUCUUCCCUACAUAUCAGGUCCUUAUAUUUUGUGUGAGCUGAUUUCUCAGUUCUCUACUGUAUUCUUCUGGCAAAUUCGAUUACCCAGUGACAAUACCGUACUAUCUUAAUUACUAUAGUCAUUUUGUUAGCCUUGAAAUCUGGCAAGGCUUCUUCCUUUCUUUUUCUUCAUUUCUUUAGGCUUUGUUCUUCUAUGUGCAUUUUAGAAUUAGUUUGCGUAGUCCCCCAAAGCAAGCAACAAUACAUGUUAAUGGUAAAUGCAUUACAUCAAUUUUGGGAGAAUCGACCUCUUUACAUUAAUCCCUGUUCAUAAGCAUGGUAUAUCGCUCCUUUUAUACAAUAUUUCUUAAUCCUUUGAUAGAUUUAGGUAUGAGCACUUUAUAUAUUGUUAUUACAGUGGAUGAUAUUUAUUUUUAACUAUAUGUUCUAACUGAUUAUAGUAUAUAGAAAAUACGAUUGAUUUUUGUGUAUUUAUAUUGUAUCAGGGAACUUAUAAAUCCUCUUACUAAUUUAAUAAUUUACCUGUAAAUUUUUUCAAAAUACUUAUACAGAUGCUUUUGUAAUCUUCAAGUAAUGAGAAUAUAUUUCCUUCCUUUUAAUCUUAUAACUUUUUAAUGUUCUUACUGGAUUUGUUAGGACAUCCUGUUAAAUACUGAGUGAGUCUGGUAAUGUGAAUAUUCCUGUACUGUUCCUAAUGUGAAUGGAGUGCUUCUACAUUUCACCACUGAGCAAAUGAAUGGAUGCCGUGUGUAUUGCAUAGAUUCACUUUAUCAGGACGUUGUAUUCCCUUGUACUCGCAGUUGAUAAGUGACUUUUUAUCAUCAAAGCAUGAUGAGAUUUAUUUAAUGCUUUUGCUGCAUUUAUUGUGAUAAUCAUGUUUCUUUGCCUUUAUCUGUUAAGGUAGUGUAUUUUGUGAAUUUUUUUUUUUCUUUUGAGAUUAAACCAAACUUGGCUUGCUGUGAUAAAACCAGCCUGGGAAUGAUUCAUUAAAUUUAUAUUUGUUGCUGGAUUGAGUUUGCUAAUAAUUAAUUUAAGAUGUUUAUAUCAACAUUUGUAAUUGUGAUUUUUCUCAUAAUAAACUUGUCUAAUUUUGAAGUCAACAUACUUGUCACAUAAAGUUGAGGAUGUUCUAUUUUUAUAUUUUAUAGGUGAGUUUGCAUAGGAUUGAAAUGAUCUAAUACAAGAAUGUUUGUUAAAACUCAUUUGUAAAUCA